AUGGCAAGAACUCGUCAGUACGUGGUCAGCAAAAUCCAAAUCUUGGAGAACUUCCUUUCAGGAGAGAAUGGUUCCCAUUACGCCACCAUCCAGUCCAUGGUCAAAUAUGAGCUGGAGAAUGACCUGGUGGAUCUCACCAAGAGAGGCAGCUAUCCAGCAUCGGGUUGUCGAACACUCCUGAGGCUCCACCGGGCUCUUCGCUGGCUGGAGCUCUUCCUGGAGAGACUGCGCACCAGCACCGAGGACAGCAAAACCUCCGUCAUGUGUUCUGACGCCUAUAAUGAGUCUCUGGCCAACCAUCACCCCUGGCUCAUCCGGAAUAAUACCCGCUGGGCACUUUGUGCCCUUCCGGGACGUGAAACCUUCUUUGACGUGAUGAAUGCAGGCGAUCAUACGCAGGUGGUUGCUCUGUUACGAGAGUUUUUGCCUUUUAUUGCUGAAGUCUAUCAGAUUACAGAAGAUUUGUAUGCCAAGAACAACCUCCUGGAGUUACCAUAG